AAACAGCAGGAUUGCGGACAGACUGGAUAGAAGAAAGACUUCCAAAGCAAAGCGGAGAUCCAAAGGAACAGAAAUAGUGGGUUCGCUACACUUUCCUCCUCCCUCUCUUCGCAGUAAAUCGUCUUCUCUAUCUCCACGGAGCUAUAAUAUACUGCAAAAGCAGUAGCUACGUUUUCUAAAUAACGCGCAGCACGUAGCCACCACUUCUGACUACUCGGAGAGAUGGCUCAGCAGCUGAAGAUUCCCUGGCAGUACGCCGGCUACGGAGGACCUCAGCAGCGUGUCUACCAACCACCGCCUCUACCUCUCGGAGCCGCACGGCGCGGCGAGGGAGAAGAAAACCCCGGAGCCUCACCUAAACCGUCACCUCGCUCUCCCGGCGCGGCUCUCGCCCCUAGCGGGAAGCGACCCAGACCUCCUACCACUGUGACGGACAGUAGGUCAAAGGAAGAGUCGUCACAGAGAAAGACGGGUAGCCAAGGGCUGUCUAGUAUGCCUCACGCCCCGAGGAAGAAGAGGUCUGUUCUGGAGCUCCUGCCUGGCGGAGUAGGAGGGUCGACCUCCAGUCUCCUGCUGCCGUCUACAUAUCAACUGCUGCAGAAACACUCCUACAUUGACUCAGGGAAGCUAAAGACAGCACCACUGAAAGCGAGUAAUGUGGAGAGGAAGAGAGAGGGAGAGAAAGGAGGAGGGAGAGGGAAAGGAACAAAGGAAGGAGAGACAGAAACCGCUACCCACCAAGAAACAGGCCUGGCAGGAAGGUCACAAGAAAACAGGGGAUAAACCAGAAAAACAGGUCAAACAAGUUCAGCCGUACAGGAGAACAGUCACUACCACUCUACCUGAAGGGGUUCCACUCUUGGAUCUCAGUAGACUGAAUGAACCAGAUCACCAGAUGAACCCUGUGG